GGCAACUCAAGUCACUACUGCCGUGGUAGCUAGAUGAUCUUUCCCUUCAACAUCCAAGCGAUGAAUAAACUCUAUUCGGACUUGGGGUGAACCCAGUGAUACGCAAACGCAUUUUCGGCAUUAUCCUUAACAAAUCCUGGCCAGCAGCCCGACAAACAAGAAGAUGAUGCAAUGUUUCUUUAAAAAUACGGAAUACAGGAGUUAAGAUGCUAUUGGAUCGUCGUGGUGUUAUUGAUGGCAAUCCCUCAAUCGAGAAUUUAAUCUCAAAUUCAAUUUCAUACGGGUGAAGUGGAGGAUUACUUGGUAGUGGCUGGACAGUCAGAGUGAUAGAGUAACAAAACGGCAAAAGCAGUUCGUACUCGUGUUUUAUCUGACGUCAUUGCACCUUUGGUUUAAAAGAAAAGAAGGAAUAGAAAGAGAGGACUAAAAAACACAAUUCCAUAAGUGAUUAUAAUAAUGGGUUGUGCUUCAUCAAUUGAUUCGAAUGUGCGAAAAGAAUUCGUUUCCAUUCCGCUGUCAACUACACAAAAAUACCUUGUACGAGAGACUUGGGAAACUAUCGAUGCUCACAAAAACUCAGUGGGGAAAAAGACGUUUUUAAGGUUUUUUGAAAUUAACCCAGACUUCCAGAAACUAUUUCCUGAGUUUGUGAACCUUAAGCGAGAAGAGCUAGAAAGAGCCAAUGCUUUACAUGGACACGCUAAACGAGUUAUGAAGGCCGUGGAAAAUGCUGUUACAGCCAUGGAUGAUACGGAGAGUUUUGCUGCAUACCUGGAGGGACUGGGGCAGAGACAUGUAGCACGUGCCCUUAAACCAUCUUAUCUGGAUGCGAUGCAAGUGGCUCUGAUGGACACUUUACAAGAUCUACUGCAGUCACAAUGGACUCAAGAAACCUCAGAGGCUUGGAAUAUUUUGUUUAGGUUUAUUGCAGAUACAAUGAAGAGAGGGUUACAAUCUGGCAAAUAACUCUACGAAUCAUGAAUCAGCUGGAACAACGCUUGGCUCACAGCCACUAUGAAAUUGAACGUAAAAGUAAAGGUUCAUCAAAUGUCGACUUCCAUUAACAAUGCAAAAAACAUUGCUCUUUUUCCAAGCUCAAGAAAUUCUAUAUAUAUAUAUUCAUCAUCAGAAUCUUCCACACUACUUUCUAUUUCUUCGUCAGCUUCUUCAAAACUAGUUUCCAUGUCAACACACAGUGUCCCGUUUUCAACAGUAUUAGUUUCAAAUGAUUUGCUCACUUUCACUAGAGGUAUACAUGUAGAAUAAUCAUGGUCAUUAAGAUGACCCUUUUGGCUACCUACAUUUACUUUUCUUUAUCAGGAAAGGGACUUUUUUGUCUUCUCAGUUUAUUGUCACUGGAAUAGGUUUUCAAUGUUUGUAUUCCAAUUCUUCUUGUUAAUAUUUUUGCACAUUGUAAUUGCUGCAUCAACUUUUAUUGUGUUCACGUCAGUGAUAUCCUAUUGAUGGGUUGCAAGCAUUCCCAAGAGAGGCAAAAGACAAAAACAUGGCGGCCAUUGUGGUGCCAUUAACAAUGGAUGCUAAUGAGAAAUCUUUUCUUAAAUAGCACCAACAUGGCCGCAAUGACGUAACGUGCAAUCAAAGAAUUCUAUAUAAUCAACACCAAUGACCUUCUGACCUGUUCUAGAUCCGCUAUAUUUGAAUUUAAUAACCAUUCAACUUACUUAAGGUAAAGUAUCGUCAUUUGUGCUUGAAAUGUGUAUUAAUACCAAUAACUACAUCAUCA